UAACCGAUGUAACUUGCUGACUGUUUUCUAUCGUAAUGGCGCUUCGUUUUUAUUUCAAAUUUAUGGUCGUAAGUGGCAUAUUCUGGGUAUGGGACAGAGUUCUAACAAUGGAGACCAAUCCAAGAUGGCUGCGGCCCUGUUACGAUCCAUUUUUGCCUACUGUAAAUUACGGUACUUCCGACGAAUCUCUCCAUGAGGAUUUCACAGAAGAGGAUUCUCGCUAUAUUCAAAGACAUAUUGUUACUUACGCCCAAGAAUGCUCGGAAAUAGUGAUGAACUUAAAGCAUGCCUUUACGAUUUCUUCCUGUCUGUCUAGAAGUGAGAGGGGUCACUUUCAUCGAGGAUAUCUUUUGACUACUAUUAAUAGAAGAAUAUCCAGCUGUGAUCUUUACAAGGCACUUGAAACACAUCAUUUGGAUGUUUUCUACCAAUAUUUAAACAAAUCAGAAGACUUGCAGAUGACAUCACAGCAGCGAGUAAGGAGGAUCCUGACGUACUCUGUGGCCUACAUGGAAUACAUACAUGAUAUCGAAACUUCUUCAGAAGUCAGGACCAAGAUAACGCGAAUCAUAAUCAAACUCUACGGUAUGCUGUGUUGGUCAGACCAACUUGGUACCCCGCUGACCAAUGACACUUUUCAAGUUGAAUCUGUGAGUGUCCGGAACAGACAAAUAAGAUUUAAUUUAAUUUUUGUAGUUUUGAAUAAUGUUUUGAACGUUUUACGACAUUUGAUUUCUGAUACCUUUAAUGAAUUAAUUUUGUAAGCGAAAUUAAAAUUAUAUCGAAUAUGAUUUCACUCACUUGGUCAAUAUUGGGUAUUAUUAUGAAAUAUAAAAGUUUAACUACUAAAAUGUAUCCCAAUACUUUCAUACGUCUAGUGAGUAUUAUCCACGAGGGCUCAUUCUUGAUAAAAUUUGUGG